UUGGUGACUAAGUAGAGGGAGAGCUUAGCUUAGGUAUGUGGGGGGAAACAAUGGCCAAUCACCAGCUCAAGCAGCUUGUAUUCCCAUGUCUCUACGGUAUUCUCUUCCUGAUCCUGUCGAUAGGCCCCUUCUCGCUCGCCAUGGCGAAUCAGUGCAGAUGCCCCGGCAACGACCAGGGCCGGAGGAGCAACUACACCCUGGAAGACGCCGCCUCUGCAUUCAAAGAUUUAUAUCUUGUCGACCAAGAAUCAGGGAUCGUAAGGAUGGUUAGCCUCAACUCCCUCCGCAAAAAGUCCGGCUCCCACACGGAGAACACCGCGGUGUUGUCCACCAUGGAUCACCGGGUACACCUUUGGCGGAGGCAACCCGACGGGGCGGGGGUCGACGAGGCGUCGUUCAGCAUCACCAUUGUCUAUCAGCCGCUGUACCAGUUCCGGAAUGGCAUCCUCGCCUUCCUCCUCCUCCCCGUCGAGAUCCUAGUAGGUCUGCAGGAGGACAGGUACGGGGUAAACGGCUCCUUGGCGAACCACCUGCUGGCCAGAGAUGUCGCCUCACUCAACCUUUCCAGCCAGACACACCGAAGCACCACCGUUGGUGGCAGGACCGUCUUCGUCAACAUCGGCCAUGUGCUCGCUAACCGCACAACAACGGCGAGGUUGUUCGAUGCUGGCAUCAUGGGUGUCUAUAUCGAUAUCUACGAUGACGUGGCUGCCGGCCCCAAGUAUUCCGUGUGGAUCGACUAUGACUGUGUUGGGCAUGUACUGUCGGUCUAUGUCGACGUAGAAGGCAAGCCCAAGCCUGAUAACACCAUAGCCGAGGUGCACCUCAAUAUCAGCAGCGUUGUCUCUGAGGUCAUCAGCUUCGGCCUCCUCUCUACAGCGACGCAUCUGCUUCUCUCUGAAAACCUCAGCUUGAGCAUGACUGUCGAGGACCUCCCUUACUACCCCUACUAUAGAGGAGGCUUCCUCUCACGGAAGGUGACUGUACUGUCUUCGGUCCUCGGGUCCGUAGCCGCCACCGCUGUGAUGGCCACUGCUUUUGUGUGCUACUUCAACUCAAGGUACCGGAGGUGGCACAAGGACCUGGAGCAGCUGGCCAGGUCCAUGGAGCGGCUCCCUGGAGUGCCCACAAAGGUUGAGUUUGCUGAUAUCAAGAAGGCUACCAGCAACUUUCACGAGACCAUGAAGCUCGGGGGAGGUGGAUUUGGCACCGUGUAUAGGUGCACACUCCCAGCUACCGCUUCCAAGAUGGACCGAGCAAUGGAUGUGGCCGUCAAGAGGUUCACCCGGGACGUGCAGAAUCGCCGCUAUGAUGACUUCCUUGCUGAAGUCAGUAUCAUCAACCGCCUGCGCCAUAAGAACAUCGUCCCCCUCGUAGGGUGGUCAUACAACAAAGGAGAGCCGCUGCUUGUGUUCGAGUUCAUGACCAAUGGCAGCUUAGACCAACAUCUCUUCCCAAAAGGCGGUAGCCGCAGCAGCAGCAGAAGCGGGCAGCGAUGCACUGGUGCAUCCACCCUCCGAUGGACCACCCGUUACGAGAUCGUCAGGGACAUAGCUACCGGCCUUCACUACGUCCACCAUGAGUACGAACCCAUGGUGCUCCACCGUGACAUCAAGGCAAGCAACGUCAUGCUAGACUCAAGCUUCCGUGCCCGCCUCGGCGACUUCGGCCUGGCCUGCACCGUCGCUGUUGACAGGAACUCUGCAACCGGCAUUGGUGGCACCUGGGGCUACAUUGCACCAGAGUAUGCACUUUGUGGCAGGGCGACUCGUCAGACCGACAUCUACGCUCUCGGGAUCCUCAUCCUCGAGGUCGUGACGGGCAAACGGGCGCUGUCUGAUGAUCAGUUGGUGGAUGAUGAUGACGUCCAUAUCACCGACUGGGUAUGGCGCCUCCACAGCGAGGGGAGACUACCAGAGUGUGUGGAUGCCGUGUGCACUGCUUCUGAGGGCGAGGAGCAGCUAUACACCAGCGAUGAUGCAGAACGCCUACUGCUGCUGGGCUUGGCGUGCAGCAACCCAAACCCAUCGGACCGCCCGACUAUGCCCGACGUGGUGCAGGUCAUUUCCAAGUCGGCGCAGCCACCAACGGUGCCUAUUCAGAAGCCAAGAUUCGUGUGGCCGCCACCGGAAGAGCAGCCAUCACUGUCCUCCGAUGGUGACAGCACAGGCGCAUCGAUGAUGAUGAGUAAUCUUGACUCGAGUAUUCCUGUCGAGAUGCAUGCGCGGCUUAGCUUGGGGCAGCCGGCGACACAGGCGCGCGGUGUGUUUCGAGUUCGACAAGAGUACUCUGUGUAAACCAGCAGGUGACCCUUCUAUUCUGAAUUCUGUUAUAUAGUAGUGUGUACUGUAUGUUUAUGCCCUGGCACAUGCUGUGCCCAAGUAGUGGAGAAACUGAAGAAUGUAUAUCUAAUAUCUCGCUGUCCAAAAGAAGAAGAAAAAUAUCUUGAAGUAAAACUUGAAGUUAAGGUUCUCAGAUUGUUUGUGAGCUCACUUAUUCAUUUGCAAGUCUGGAACAGAUCAUUCAUGCCUGAUCUGAUCCCAAUUGCACACGGAAUCAUGACUUCACCGUGAUGUUUUCUAAGGAAAAAAAAAUCACAAGUACUGCAGUCUGCUGAGGUGAAUAAAUUUCAGAAGUGGAAGUUGAAUUUCUGAUGAUCUACUUUCAUUAGGAAUUUAGGCUAGUAUUCCCUCCGUUCCUAAAUACUUGUCGUGUUGCGUCAAAACUAUGACAAGUAUUUAGGAACGGAGGGCACGACAAGUAUUUAGGAACGGAGGGAGUAAGAACUAACCACUUUAAUAUUUAGUUGGGCAAGAACAUUUCAAUUGCUUCUAACGGAGCAACGAGUAAUGCCUCCGGAGAU